AUGAUCGCGUCCGCCGCCUUCGCCUUCUCUGGCGGCGACAGGCCGUGGAUGUCGACCGCCGACACGCCCGCGCAGCGCGCUGCGACGCUCGUGCAGCACAUGACGCUCGCAGAGAAGAUACAGCUCACGCACGGCUCCUGCGGCGGCUACGUCGGCAACGUGUGCGGCAUCGGCCGGCUCGGCGUGCCUGCCAUCAAGAUGAACGACGGGCCGCAGGGCUUCCGCGACAACGCGCACCCGGGCUCGUCCACCGCAUGGCCGUGCAGCCUCGCGAUCGGCGCCACGUUUGACCGCUCUGCCGCCGAAGCGUGGGGCGCUGCGAUGGGCGACGAGUUCUUCCGGAAGGGCGCCAACGUGCAGCUCGGCCCGGGCGUGUGCCUCGCGCGCGUGCCGCGCAACGGGCGCAACUUCGAGUACAUCUCCGGCGAGGACCCGCACCUCGGCUACGAGAUGGUGCAGCCGGCCGUGCGCGGGAUCCAGGGCGCCGGCGUGGUGGCCAACGCAAAGCACUGGGCAAACAACAACCAGGAGACGGAGGACCGCACGUCGGCCGACCUCGAGGAGACGGACCGCACGUCGGUGGACGAGGAGGUCGACGAGCGCACGCAGUUCGAGCUGUACUACCCGCCGUUCGAAGGCGCGAUCGCUGCAGGCGUCGGCUCCGCCGUGUGCUCGUCGUGCGAGAACCCGGAGACGCUGCAGCGGGACCUCAAGGAGCGGCUCGGCUUCCGCGGCUGGGUCAUGUCCGAUUGGGGCGCCACGCACUCCAUGUCGCUCGCGCAGGGCCUGUACCGCCUCGACCAGGAGAUGCCGGGGGCGGACUUCAUGAACGCCGCCGCCAUCGAGGCGGCGCUCGCCAGCGGCGAGGUCGACGCCUCUCGGAUCGACGACGCCGCCUUGCGCAUCCUGACGCCCCUCUUCGGCGUCGGCGCCUUCGACAUUAACAACACGAACACGCAGCGCAACAACGCCCACACCGCCCUCGCGCGCAGCUUGGCGGCGCGCUCGGUCGUGCUGCUCAAGAACAACGGCGUGCUGCCCCUCGACCGCACGACGCCCCUCCGGGUGGCGCUCUUCGGCAAGACCGCGCGAGCGCCCGUCGUCGGCGGUGGCGGCUCCGGCGCCGUGGCGGAGGGCCCGCAAGAGUACGCCGACGGUCUUGCGGACGUGCUCUUCGGCGACGUCAACCCGUCGGCACAUCUGCCCCUCACGCUGCCGCGGGCGGAGAAUGAGGUCGGCUUCACGGAUGCGAUGUGGCCGGGCGUGGGCGACAAGCAGCGCGUCGCGUCCUACUCCGAGGGGCUACUCGUCGGCUACCGCUGGUACAAUGCGCACAACGCCACCCCCGCCUUCCCGUUCGGGCACGGCCUCUCGUACACCACCUUUGCGCUCGCGGGUCUGCGAGCGAGCCCGACGCGGGUCACCGUCACCGUCACAAACACCGGCCGCCGGCCGGGCGCCGCGGCGCCGCAGCUGUACCUCACCUUCCCGCCCUCUGCGGGCGAGCCGCCGGGGCAGCUUCGCGGCUUCGCGCAGGCGCAGCUCGAGCCGGGGGAGAGCGCGGAGGUGCGGUUCCCGCUGCGGGCGCGCGACAUGUCUGUGUGGAACGCAACCACCCACGCGUGGCAGCUUGUGCACGGCAGCUUCGGAGUGGCGGUCGGGCUCUCGUCGAGGGACGCGGCGGCGCUGCGCGGCGCCUUCCGGAGCCCCUGA